UGAUGUAAACAUUUGCAGCUGCCUUGAAAUAUCAAAAUCAGACUGUUUUUUUAACUGAAAAAAAAAUUGAGUUGAGUUAAAUAUCAUCCAUAAAUCAUAGCGUCUCUUCCAAGUUCUGGGAAGAGAUUAUGGGAAAAACUAUUAGCUGCUCUGUUUUACUAGCUUUAAUAUCUUGCUUUUACUUACUAUUUGCCACUGCUUUAGACACAAUAACACCAUCAAAAUCCAUCAAAGACCCUGAUGUUAUAAUCUCCCAGAAAGGUCUUUUCCGAUUGGGAUUCUUCAGCUUGGUUAACUCCAGCAAUCGUUAUGUAGGGAUAUUGUACCAUCAAAUCCCCAUACAAACUGUUGUAUGGGUGGCAAAUAGAAACAGGCCUCUCAAAGACUCUUCUGGGAUUCUCACCAUAUCAGAUGAUGGCAACCUUGUUGUUUCCAAUGGAAAAGCUGAGAUUCUUUGGUCAACAAAUGUUAACAAUACAGCUCCUAAUGCAACAACUGCCCAGCUUUUAGACUCCGGAAACCUUGUCCUUAGUAAUGGUGAGGAUGGAGCAAGCAGCUUAUGGGAGAGUUUCGAAGAUCCUUCUAAUGCCUUCAUUGAAACUAUGAAGAUCAGCACUGAUGUUAAAACGGGUCGUAAAGUGGAGCUGAAAUCAUGGAAAAGCAUUGAUGACCCAUCUGAUGGUAACUUUUCUCUUAGCCUUGAACCUUUCAACAGUCCAGAGGGCAUCAUUAGGAAGAAUAACCAGCUCUAUUAUCGGACCGGUCCAUGGAAUGGGAAUACCUUUAUUGGCUUAAUAGAUAAGUACGCUGCUUAUCUUGAAGGGUUUUAUGUUGCAGAUAAUCCACAACAACCGUACUAUAUGACUUACGAAUUUUCUAAUGACUCUAUGUUGAUAUACAGUGAAUUAGAUUCUCAAGGAAAAUUCAUUGAAUGGAAAUGGGAUGAGGGGAAAGGGAACUGGAUAAACAAGUACUCUAGUUAUCAAACAAAUUGUGAUGUUUAUGGAUACUGUGGGGCAUUUGGAAUAUGCGAUUCAUCGAAACGAACCAUUUGCAGUUGCUUAAAGGGGUUUAAGCCUAGGAAUAUAGAGGAAUGGAGUAGAGGUAAUUGGAGUAGUGGAUGUUCUAGGACUACCCUUUUGCAUUGCCAAAGAGAUAACAAUGGCAGUGGAGCAAGCCAAGGUGAUGAUGGGUUUUUGGAGAUGAAGAUGAUGAAAGUGCCAGCAUUUCCGCAUCUGUCAUCAAUAAGUAACGGCCAGUGCAAAGACCAAUGCAUGAACAUGAAGAAUUGUUCGUGCGUGGCUUAUGCGUAUGAUGAUGGCAUUGGUUGCAUGUUGUGGAGUGGAGAUUUGAUUGAUGUCCAGAAAUUCUCCGCUAGCGGCGUCGAUCUUUACAUUCGUCUGCCAUCUUCGGAACUGGAUAAAGAGAAAAGCAGUAAGGUCAUUGUUAUUACAACAGUAACUGCGGGCAUAGUCGUUAUUACAAUUUCUGCACUCUUCCUAUGGUGUGGGAUGGCUAAACAAAGAGGAACGAAUAAAAGACACAAACAGAUCAAACACAAAUCUUAUAGUGAAAAUGUACGAGAAAGUUUAAUUGGUGUUAAACUCCAGCAGCUUCCACUAUUCAAUUUCGAAGAACUUGCCACCGCGACCAACAACUUCCAUCCCGAAAAAAGGCUAGGGCAGGGUGGUUUUGGUCCGGUUUACAAGGGAACAUUAGAUGAUGGAAAAGAAAUAGCAGUGAAGAGAUUGUCAAAAGCUUCGGGGCAAGGAUUGGAAGAAUUUAUGAACGAAGUGGUGGUUAUUUCAAAGCUCCAACAUCGAAAUCUGGUUAGAUUACUUGGGUGUUGUGUUGAAGCAGAAGAGAAGAUACUCGUCUAUGAGUUCAUGCCCAAUAAAAGUUUGGAUGCUUUUCUAUUUGAUCCUAUUAGACAAAGACUUUUGGAUUGGAGAAAACGCUUCAACAUUAUUGAAGGGAUUAGUCGAGGAUUGCUUUAUCUUCAUAGAGAUUCAAGAUUAAAGAUUAUACAUAGAGAUCUAAAAGCAAGUAAUGUUUUACUUGACCAAGAUUUAAAUCCAAAAAUUUCUGAUUUUGGGAUGGCCAGGAUCUUCGGAGGUGACGAAAAUCAAGCCAAUACUAAAAGGGUUGUUGGAACUUAUGGUUAUAUGUCUCCUGAGUAUGCAAUGCAAGGGCAAUUUUCAGAGAAAUCAGAUGUGUUCAGCUAUGGAGUUCUACUACUAGAGAUUGUUAGUGGAAGAAGAAACACAAGCUUUUACAACAAUAAGGAUGACCUCAGUCUCUUGGGAUAUGCAUGGAAAUUAUGGAGGGAAGGCAAUAUUUGGGGCUUAGUAGACAAGGUGAUUUUAGAGUCGAAAUCAUAUUCAAAUAAUGAAAAAGAAAUAUGGAGAUGCAUACAUGUUGGAUUGCUAUGCGUUCAAGAAUAUACUAAAGAUAGACCCACUAUAUCUACUGUUAUUUCAAUGCUUAAUAGUGAGAUUUCAGAUCUUAACACUCCAAAGCAACCUGCUUUCACUCAAGCGCCACUAAUGAGCCAUGAUGUUGAAGAUAGAGGUUCACUUAAUGGUGUAACUCUUACAAACCUUGAUGGUCGAUAAAAAUGUAAAUUAAUUAUUUAUAUUGUUUACAAUUAAAGUUCGAGCAUUGAAAUUUAUUUUUA